UCUGGGGAUCACGCGGGUGAGAGACGCAGAGCGGCUGAGUGAACGAGAUGAGUGGAGGAGCCAUGAAAACCGCCGCGAAAGCCGCGACCCUCUGCGGCUACCGAUUGGUCAGCCCGCUCGCCGGCCGUGCGUCGGCAAUCGCGCGGUGGCCUUUCAAACCGGUCAACGUGACCGUCUCCGCAGCGGCACCGGCCGCCGAGGGAGGGCCGUCGAUCUCCGUCUCCACGUCCGAUAACGGUCUCCAAGAUGCGGUUCCUGUCUCGGCGGUCCAGAGGCCGCCGUUGGAGACCCAUGACCGGGAGACCAAAGACGAGAACUUCGAUGGGUGGGCAGAGUACGAGCAGGGGAUCACCUUAGAUCCGGUGCAACCCGCCUCAAGGCUCGUGUUCGGGUCCAUUCCGACACUGGAGGAGGCCAAGGAGGCCACUUCCGAUCUGAUAGAUGCCUUUGACAAGGUGUAUCCUCCAAGCCACAAUGUUCCUGCCAUAGAAGUUGCUCAUAGGUCUGCCCACCAUGAAGCUUCAUCAAUCAUUCCAUCAAUGCCUAGGCAUGUGGUUGAAACAUUUUCACUGCUGCAACGAAGCCCUGAAGUUCAGACUGUGGUUGCUUCAAUCGCUUCGGAUGAGAAUGUCUGGAACUCUGUGAUGAAGAACGAAAAAGUGAUGGAAUUCUACAAAACUCACCUGUCAGUUGUUCAUCCUGAACCAAAUGUCACCACAGAGGUGCCUGUUGCUGAAAACGAUCAUGGAUCUUCUUGUGCCAAAGCAAAUAAAAGCCCAGCAUUCUCAGACUUUCUGCAUAAUGUGAAGAAUAAAGUGGUAGAAAUCGCAUGCAACAUAUCCAGCCUCCUUCAAGAACAUUUCGGGAAUUCAUCAGGGACUUCCAGCCCAAAGACUACUGAUGGACCAUUUGCCCAGUUUCCUAUGGGAGCAUCCUUAAUGACUCUGGCAAUUACCGUAAUCAUGGUUGUAUUGUUCAAAAGAGUAUAGAUUGAGAUGCUGUCAGGACUAAAUGCUUGUACUUUUGUGUGUUGGGAUGCACUGAAAACUCUUCUGUUAUCCAUGUAUCCAUGUAUCCAUGUAUGACUAUUAAUCUUCUUUCUUC